AUGAUCUUCACCAUCCUUCUUCUCCCCUUCCUCUACACCCUGGCCCUGGCCGGGGUGGCCCACCAAGCCCGCCAGGCUCCCGUCGCCCCGGGAUCCCUGCAGCAGGUCACCGACUUUGGCGACAACCCCAGCAACGUCGGCAUGUUCGUCUACGUGCCGAACAAUCUCGCUGCCAGCCCGGGGAUUGUCGUCGCCAUCCACUACUGCAGCGGCACCGCCGAGGCAUACUUCACGGGCUCCCCCUACGCCACCCUCGCCGAGACCCACGGUUUCAUCGUCAUCUACCCCGAGAGUCCCUACGAGGGCACCUGCUGGGACGUCAGCUCGUCGUCGACGCUGACGGCCAACGGCGGCGGCAACAGCAACUCCAUUGCGAACAUGGUUGCCUGGACGACUGAAAACUACAAGGCGGAUACUAAGAAGGUGUUUGUAACGGGAACGAGCUCGGGGGCAAUGAUGACGAACGUAAUGGCCGCAACCUACCCCUCCCUCUUCACCGCCGCGACAGUCUACUCCGGUGUCCCAGCCGGCUGCUUCGUCUCGGAAGCCGACAUCCCCGCCGCAUGGAACAGCACCUGCGCGCAAGGGCAGUCGGUCACGACGCCCGAGCACUGGGCAGCUAUCGCGGAGGCGAUGGCCGAGCCGGGCUACAGCGGGAGCCGGCCGCGGAUGCAGAUCUACCACGGUGGCGUGGACGAGACGCUGCUGCCGCCCAACUACAACGAGACGUGCAAGCAGUGGUCGGGUGUGUUCGGGUAUAACUUUGACGAGCCGGCGAGUGUGGAUGUGGGUGCGGAUGAGACGACGACUGUUUAUGGGGAUGAGGUGGUGGGGAUCUUUGCGCCGGGGGUGGGACACUCGGUUGAGGUUAGAGGGGAUGCGGAUAUGCAGUGGUUUGGGUUUGUCUAG